AUGCUCACUCCAAAGCUUCUUUUCGCCGCCAAUGGCACGAAAAUACAAACCUAUGGAGAAAAACGCAUAGCAUUGUCACUGGGAUUGCGACGAAACUUCGUGUGGACUUUCGUGAUAGCUGACGUCAACUGCGCUAUCAUCGGAUCCGACUUUCUUCAACAUUUUGACUUACUCGUCGAUAUGAAACGACGCAAACUCAUCGAUCGGGCUACGCUGCUGGAAUCAAAAUGUCACGCGCCCCAACGUAAAAUCAACGCGGUUUUAUCCUACGACACGAGUAACCAAUACGCUACAUUGCUUCACGAAUAUCGCGAUCUCGCAACGAUCAACUCGAACCGGCUGCCAGCAACAUCCGAAGUAACGCACUUCAUCUCGACCAACGGGCCGCCUACUCACGCCCGCGCCCGACGACUAGCGCCCGACAAACUCAAAGCUGCACAAUCCGAGUUCUCCUACCUCAUCGAGAAAGGAAUAUGCCGUCCCUCAAAUAGCAACUGGUCCAGCCCUUGCACCUGGUAA